UUUUCAUUUUUAAUUUCGUUCGUUUCGAGUCUGAAGCACUUUUGAGAAAUUAAAGAGCAACGAAGCCCGGUGUUAGCACCGCUGGAAUUGGCACUUACACGUCAGUAUACACGGGCAUUUUUCCUCUGCCAGACUAGCACAGCCUACAGGGCUUUCAUUUUUCUUCUUCUUUCCCGCGCCUUCGCCUUCGCCUUCAGCUGCAGGUUGUCUUGGUAGGGAUCUUGUUUACAAAGCGAUUUCCUUGAACGAAACAUGGAACAAGCUAGUUUGGAGCAACGCCUCUGUAACCGGAUGCGUUUAUGGGAAUUUGCAGACCAAUACAUAAUUGAACCUACAGAUGGUGGGAAUUGUGGUCUUUUAUCCAUUAGUCGCAUGGAUGGAGCAUUGCAAUCGAUAGGAGAGAUGCCUGUCAAUCAUUCAAGUCAGCGUCUUCGGACACAGACUAUUUUUGGCCUGGCUGGAAUCGUUAAACUUUUUGCAGGGGCAUAUGCUCUGGCCAUUACUGCUCGUGAAUGUGUUGGAUCUUAUAGGGGCCAUCCCAUUUUUAGGGUUCUAGAUAUGCGAUUCCUGCCUUGCAAUUCUGCUUUGCAAAAGUCAACACCGCAGGAGAAAAAAGCUGAGGACGAGUUUACCAAGCUGUUGAGGACUGCAGAGAAAACACCUGGCUUGUACUUUUCAUAUGAUGUAGAUUUAACUCUAAAUGCACAAAGGUCUGACAGCUUGAAAAUUGAGUCCAAGAUGCUGCCACUUUGGAAGCAGGCAGAUACUAGAUUUCUUUGGAACAAGCGCAUGAUGCAGGAGCUUAUUCAGUGCAAGCUUUGUCCAUAUAUUCUCCCGAUAAUUCAAGGAAGCUUUCAGACCUUUCAGACAGUUCUUGGAAAAACAAAUUUAAAUGUGAGCUUGAUAGCACGAAGAUGCAUGCACCGAACAGGUACUCGUAUGUGGCGGAGAGGGGCUGAUUCAGAUGGAAAUGUUGCAAACUUUGUUGAAAGUGAACAAAUUUUGGAGGCAAAUGGAUAUUUAGCAUCAUAUGUGCAAGUACGAGGGUCCAUCCCUUUAUUGUGGGAGCAGAUUGUAGACCUGACAUAUAAACCUAGCUUUAAACUCAUAAAUCCUGAUGAUACAGCUUUAGCAGCGGAGCGUCACUUUUCUGAUUUGAAGAAAAGAUAUGGGUCAGUUAUAGCUAUAGAUUUAAUUAAUCAGAGGGGAGGUGAAGGCCUAUUGAGCCAAGCAUAUGCCAAUGCAAUGCAAAAUCUUGUCAAUGAUGAGAUAAAAUACGUGCAAUUUGAUUUUCACCGGACCUGUGGACAUGUACAUUUUGAGUGUCUGUCCCUUCUAUAUGAACAAAUUCUGGAUGAUAUCAAGAAACAGAGAUACUUUCUUUUGAAUACAACAGGAGAAAAAGUUGAAGAACAAACAGGAGUUAUAAGAACCAACUGUAUCGAUUGUCUGGAUCGCACUAAUGUUACACAGAGUAUGCUGGGAAGGAAAUCUCUGGAAACCCAACUUCACCAGAUUGAAAUAUUGCAACAAAGUCAAAAUAUAAGCCAGCACACGAGUUUUGAUAAUCUUUUCAAAAUCUUGUGGGCAAACCAUGGAGAUGAAAUAAGCAUCCAGUAUUCUGGAACACCUGCACUGAAAGGUGAUUUUGUAAGGUAUGGGCAACGAUCAAUCCAAGGUAUACUUGAAGAUGGUCACCAUGCCCUUGCACGAUACUAUUAUAACAAUUUUUGCGAUGGUUUAAAACAGGAUGCAAUUGACCUUGUGCAAGGUCACUACAAUUUGAGUCGUGAGAUAAAAUCUCCUUUUCAAACUAGUGGACUUGAGGCUGUGGCUUCAUUUCCACUGGCUUCAGUUUUGGUACUUGCUGGCAUCAUGUUAUCGACUAUGUCACUACGGCAAGCAAAACAAGAUUCACGGCGAUUCUUUUUUUCUGCUUUUUGGGCAAGUCUUGCUUUGGGUAUCAUGACAUUUGUACGAAUCAAUGGCCGCCUGUUUUGUAAUAGGCCUCGCCUGCAGAAGCAGCUUUGAAAUUCAUCAUUUGUGGCAGUUCCCCAAGUAUAAUAGUUUAGCUGCAGCUUCUCAUCAAGUGGUUGUGAUUUCUUUGUAAAUUACAUUGCUUGCAUAGACUUCAGUUUUUAAAACAUGUCUUCUUAAUGAUUUUUCAAUGCUAUAAAUUGUCAUUACUGUUACGUUGUUUCUUUUUUUGUUGUUCCUGUCUCUUGUAGCCCUGCAAGAUGCCAUGAAGCAUUAAAUCCUUUUCCAUUUUUUCAGCGUUCUUUUUUUGAGGGAGAAAAAGCUUACAUGGUCUAAAGAAUAAUACUAUAAGUUAUAUUAAUUGAAUCAUUUUUCUGCGAUUCAAGUUAA